AUGGAAGAAUCAAAUGAAGUCGACUACGCCUGGUACCGCACUACCAUAUACUCGAGGUAUUGUUGGUCAAUGCUGCUGAAACAAGUCAUUUUCUUCCUUGUGGUGUACAUAGCGACUUCAAUAUCUGCCUACAAAACAUUGCCUGGAGAUAUACGAGUUGUCAAAGGAAAAGUAAAUACAGCCUUCAAUUAUCAAACGUCCCUCCCUGGCAAAUACCUGUAUUUGACUUCCGGUAUCCAAAAUCUCACUCUUCAAAAUGGGCAGUGUUCGACACCACUUUUCACGUGCAUCUACAGUGAAGUUGAUAGCACACAGACGGAUGUGAAGAUGAGUGGCCACAUGACCUACGGUCUGAAAUGGGUGACCUUCAUGGGAGGACCCAACCAAGUUCCUAUAAGUAUAGUCUUUUUCACGGACGACAUUUGGGACGAUUUAGCUUCAGGUUCUAUUCAACCGCAGUACUCAAUCCCCCUAAUUGUUCGAGCUAAGGGGCUAACUUCAGUAACGCUUACGUGUUCCAUAUUUGCAACGAAUCCUAAGUAUAAUCUAUACACUGGGGUGAACAAUGUGCUGUACUACUCCGUCAAACCGGUAAAGGACGAAACGAAAAACCACACACAAAUACUGAAUCUUGAAAUGCGAAACAUCAUAAUGCACAAAGUCAUAACACUGACUGUCAAAAGGAAGGACGACGUAGACUUUUACAGCUGCAAUGUCAAUGGCUACUGGCUGACUCACACAAUUGAUUGGACUGAAGUCAAAGCAACCCUAAUUUCACUCAUUGCUGUCCUUCUGUACGCCGGCGUGUGA